ACAGCAGCCUGCUGCAGUGGCCUUGUCAGUUGUCGGAUUUUUUUUAUCAGUGAUCCAUAACGAUAAUAUUUUAUUUUAGUUUUAUUUACUUAUCUAUGGUUUUGAAUUUCGUUGUUGAUUGUUCUCAUAAAAUUGAAACUUGUGUUAACUGCAGAUAUUAUCAACUAUCGAGAUUCGAGACCGUUGAAAACUUAAAAAUCAAUUGGUUAAUAGAUCUAUUCGUUCGGACAUCGUUGGUAUUUUGGUAAUCGCUGUGCAAAACCUUACWAGUUACAAUAUUGUUUGUUGAUUUGUUUGAUCGUAUACGAACAAUGGAACCAAUGGCUUUAGGAUCACCGCAGCACGAUAGUCCGCAAAAACCUACCUAUCUUCCUGGAUACUUGAUGGGCGAACGUGGUCAAUCGCCGAUUGGUAAUGUUUCGAUUAGCACCAUGUCUCCUUUACGUGCAAAUCGUAGCCACACCUCAGAUGUACACACUACGUUUUUGAUACGGAAUUUUCAUCAUGAACUUAGCGAUAAACCAUCUUCCACUCCUAUCUUAAAUAGAGUCAAUGAGGAACCAACAAAAGCUCCAACAAUUGAUUUAUUUGAUUCAAUUAAUACUUCCGACUACAGAGAAGAACAGUGUAACAAUAAAGAAAACAAACAAUUUUAUUCUGAUAAAAAAAAUCUGUUUGAACAACCAAAAGCAGUUCAAGGAUAUUGGAUUACAGUUUUUGGCUAUUCAAUUUCAAACAAAGAUGAAAUAUUAUCUAAAUUUAUACACAUGGUGUCUUGUUGUGAUGUGAGACAAGCUGGGCCAAAUUGGGCACACAUAUGUUUUAGUGAUUCUACAGAUUAUCAUCGAGCUCUUUUAUUUAAUGGUCAUGUAACCAACAAUGGAGCUAUGAUUGGAGUUAUUCCAUGCAAUGAUAAAACAAUUUUAAAUGAAAAUAUUAGUCCUAUUGAUUCACAUACUGGUGCAAGUACUGAAAUUUUAUCGAAAUCUAUGCGUUCACCAAUUUUAGGUCAACAAUUUUCCAGUCCAAAUGAUUCAAUUUCUAAAAGAAAUAUUAGACCUAUGGCUAAAAAACCUAUGCCUAUUCAAGGACAAAAUAACUGUCCUUCAGCUACAACUUCAAAUGGUAUUGUUACAAAAACUUUGGAAUAUUUGUUUGGAUGGUAGAUAAAAAAUGUAAAUAUGUGUAUGACAAACUCACUAGUGGGUUUUAAACCAUUGUUUAUAUUUUAUUAUUUUAAUACAUUUUUGUUCAAAUCAAUAACUUAACUGCUAGUAAAUAAAAUUAUAAUGGAUUAUUGGAAUUUCAAACCGAUGCAAGUCCUUUAACUAUGUUAUAAUAAAUAUCCAAACCUCUAAUAAAUGUUUUCUCAUUAAGAAAUUCAUUAUGAUCAUGCAAUAAAGUUUUUAUCCCGGUUUU